UCGUCAACAUGGAAUCUUCUACAGCAAGUUCUACUCCAGAGGCUCCACGGACAUUCACAACAAACUCGACAAGAGACACCGCCUUUUCUACAACAAAAAAUGUUCCAUUUGUCAACAUGGAAUCUUCUACAGCAAAUCUUACCCAAGAGGCUCCAAAGAUAUCCAUAGCAAAUGCGACAAGAGACACGACCUUAUCCACAACAAGUCAUGAUUUAAUCGCCAGCAUGGAGUCUUCUACAGCAAAUUUGACUCCAGAGGCUCUCGAGAUAUCAACAACAAACAAGACAAGGGACACGACCUCAUCUCCAACAAGAAAUGAUUCAAUUGUCGACACGGAAUCGACUACAGCAAAUCUGACUCC